GCGUCACGCCUCAGGGUCACGCGAGAGGCUACAUCGCCGCAAUUUUGUCCAAGUCAUUUGUCCUUAGGGCGACAAAAAUGAAGCUUGAUUUUGCAAAGUUUGCUUUUUUGUUAUAUUUCCUGAAUAUUACUACAGCAGCAGUAGAUAUUACUCUUGAAAACGAUGACUUGAUUCACUCGCCGUUUUCUGAACACACGGAGAGCGAUGUUCAUUCGUACACAGUUUUCACUAAGGAAGAGUUAUCUAAAUACAAUGGAGAGGAUCCCGAUCUUCCCGUCUACGUUGCUAUCAAGGGAGUUGUUUUCGAUGUUUCCGAAGCCAGAAAGGUUUAUGGACGUGGAGGAUCGUAUAAUGUAUUCUCCGGUAAAGAUGCUUCAAGAGCAAUAGCUAAAUGGUCCAUGUCAGAGGAAGACCUCAACGACAAUCUGGAGGACCUUUCGGAGGAGGACCUGAAUCGUCUCGAUGAAAUCUACAAGAAACUUUACGUGGAGAAGUAUCCCAAAGUGGGUUACGUUGAAGGCCACGAGCCGCAACAUGAAGAUAACCUUACCGUGAAAAGGAACAAAAACAUUGAACUUUAAUUAACAAGAUUCGCCAAUUAGUCGAAGCGAGAGCGUUUUGGUAGAAAGUAGCUAGAACUUUGAUAAUUUCCAAAAUUGAAAGUUGUUCAUCCGUGUUUAUAGCUGUUCACUAAUUCCAUUUAACUGUAAGCUUACAUAUAUUUUGAAAAAUGGUGAAACACCUUACACGGUUAGCUUUUACAAAGCUAGAUGUCCAACUGUCUUGGUUAAAAAGGUUGUCUUAUUCCCAAGGAUGCCCUGCACAUGGUACACUACAAUGUAGCAAUUUGAAGCUCACCGUAAUGUUGUUUGUAAUCGUCCCAAAGUUGUAAAUUAAUAAGAACACGGCAAAAUACAUCGCUUUAUUUUUGUCAUUGCUCGGAAAAUGCACACAUUGAACUCCAGGGAAGUGGGAGUCUUUUUCUGGAGUAUCUGGAGUUUUAGUUUUCCAAACUUGGUCAUCACUGUAAAUAAUGGGCAUUUUGUGAAGGCCGACAGGGAUUCAUUGCUUACGAUCCUGGACUAAUAAGCCGUAGUUUCUUCGGCAA